AUGGUCGGGGCUCAGCUUCCGCGGUGGUCGGUUCGAAUGGUGAAUGGGCUAAGUUACCUCGGGUUGGAUGUGCAUUGCCAGUCAGGAAAUGAUGAUUUGGGCUAUCAUUAUUUGGUUAACCGUGGAGAUGAUUUCAAAUGGAGUUUUCAAGAAAACUUUUGGGGAACAACCUUGUUUUGGUGUAGAUUGGAGAAGGCAGAUGCGUAUGUCUCUUUUGAAAGCUUUUGGCCCGAAUCUCUAGAGAACACUUGGCUUCGUGAUAGGUGUGGGACGACCCAAUUAACAUGUAUUUGGAUUGCUAAAGAUGAUGGAAUUUAUUUGAGAAACAAUCCUACUAAUGUUGAUGAAUUUGUUCACAAAUGGAUCCCUAAGUGA